ACAGUGCCAAGUUGUGUUCAUAACAGUUGCUGUGAGCUUCACUUCAAAGUUCAAUGGGAUCACUGAUAUUAAGAAAUGGAAACAUUAGAAGCAUUAUAAUGAGAAACAUUAGAAGUCUAAAGUUGCACUCUGUACUCACUAGAGAUCUAGAUCAGAAAACAAGGACUGAAUUGUAUGACAUAUGGCAACAGAAUAUAACUGGAAAAAAUAGUUAUGAGGACUUUACAGCACUUCUUGGCACAUUUGACCGUACAUAUAUAGUGCGAGAUUAUAGCAACGCUGGAAAAAUAUGUGCAACAGGAAGCUAUGCUGUACUACCAACAGAUUUAAGAAUAAACUCAAGACAAAUCCAUAUAAUACCAACUGGUGUUGCAUACAUACUACCAGAGUAUCAAAGGAGAGGACUUAUUCACAAAUUUUUCCUACACAUGACCCUCAGAGAGAAUCUCCUGCAUCCAUUCACACCAUUAUACAUUACAAUUAACUUCCUAACAUACAAGUAUUAUCCAGCUUUUCUUCGUUUUUCAGAGCAUGCAUAUCCACGCUAUGACAGGCCAACCCCUGACACUGAGAAAAGAGUUAUAGAGUACUAUGCUCUACAUUAUCUUAAAUGUAGUGAUACUUAUGAUCCUGAAAGAGGUGUAGUCCAAUUACCACAGACUGUUAAGAAAGAGGUUGGAGCUAUUGAUGAAAAAUAUUUAAAAAAUCCACAUGUCAAAUAUUAUGCUGAGAGGACUAACUGGGAAAAGGGUGAAGCACUGCUUGGGGUUGCUAAAGUUUCAUGGAAGGUUAUAGCUUCAAUAUACAAUAACUGGAAAUAAACUAUAGCUAAAGACAUUACUUCUUAAUAAAGCUCUUUCGUGGAUAGACA